AUUCAGUCGAUCUCAAUCGGACACGAGUAUUUGUGGUAAGCAAAAAUGGCCGGAUUACUUGGCGGAGCGACGAAACAGGCCCUUUUACGGGCGCCUUCCACGGUCAAAAUAUCGCAGGCAAAUCUAUCAACAGUGAGAAAUCUUUCAAAAGGAAAGAAAAUAGCUCUUGGUGCCCUUGGUGUGGCAACUGCUGGAGGUGUCGGUGUGGUGGUUUCCCUGAACCAGGCAGUGCAUGCCCGUGACCUGAUGCUUCAUCCUCCCAGCUUCCCAUGGUCACAUAAUGGAUGGUUCAGCGCUUUAGAUCAUGGAUCUAUUCGUCGUGGUUUCCAAGUUUAUAAACAAGUGUGUGCCGCGUGUCACAGCAUGGACUACCUAUGCUACAGGAAUCUGGUCGGAGUGAGCCACUCUGAGGAUGAGGCCAAGGCUGAAGCUGAGGAGGUCUUGGUAAUGGACGGCCCUAAUGAGGAAGGGCACAUGUUUGAGCGUCCUGGCAAACUUUCGGACAAGUUCCCCAAGCCAUACGCCAAUGAUGAGGCGGCCCGCAGUGCCAACAAUGGAGCGUUGCCACCAGAUCUAAGCUACAUCGCCCUGGCAAGGCAUGGUGGAGAGGACUACAUCUUCUCUUUACUGACCGGGUAUUGUGAUCCACCAGAGGGUGUAAAGAUGGCCGAAGAACAGCACUAUAAUCCAUAUUUCCCUGGUGGAGCUAUUGGUAUGGCCCAGGCGCUCUACAAUGAGAUCAUUGAAUAUGAUGAUGGUACCCCUGCUACACAGAGUCAACUGGCUAAGGAUGUAACCGUCUUUCUCAAAUGGGCUGGUGAACCUGAACAUGAUGAAAGAAAAAAGUUGGGACUGAAAUGUCUGAUGUUCUUCCCCAUUCUAUGCGCCUUGACCUACUACAUGAAGCGCCACAAGUGGUCAACUCUCAAAACAAGGAAGCUCGCUUACCGGCCGCGAUAACUUGAAUAACAUGAUAGGAAAUUAUAGGACAAUUUGCCUGCAGAGUGGACUUCUGUGACCUGAACUUCUCUGGAGUGGACAGUUAACACCUCAUCCAGAAUAGCAAUUAAGUUAUUAUCCCUCAGACCAGCAGUGUAUUAGUUGCAGCAUUCAUCUUCCUAUAACUGCAGAUAUGCUUCAAGUACUACUGUCCGCCUUCAGUUGAUUUCAGUGCACCAGUUGUAUGAUGCCUCUAAUAUACUGCUGCGGAGAAUAGGGUGAAUUUUCGAUACAAUGGUUAAGGAAGACACUGUUCAAUGCUUCAUGGAAAUGUGUGGUCUUUUCAUGGUCAUCUUGAGUUCCUUAAACACUUUUUAUAUGGGAUUGAUUCCCAGGCAGCCUUGAAAACUGGAAAAAUAUUGGACACAUGAACUUGUUGUGAAUUAUCGAUACUGGUCUGUCUGCACAAUAACAUUAUGAGUGUUUUAUUAUCAAUUGAUCCAUUUGAGUUAGGGCACAUAUUGCACUGCAUUACCUCAUGGUUAGGUUAUAUAAUGUUUAGGUCUGGAUAACUAGUUUUUUGAUUAUGGCAGUUGUUUCACAUCAGAUAACCUGUUCUGGUCAACUGGAGUCCAAUUACCAACAAAUGUGCCAAGUCCUGAUGUGACCAUCAGUUGUGACUGAUUCAAAUUAGUUACCAGUUCUGGGCCACAAUAGAUUGGGCUGGAUUUUUUGAGGAUUAUUAAAAGAGUCAAUAGCUCUCUUUCAGUUACUUUUGCCCCUCAACUUCACCAGUCAUAAUGAUUCCGGCGAUUUUGUAGUUGCCUGUUGCCGGUAUACUAAUUUGAAUCGUCACUGUAAAGACUUGUGUUGUGACUUGGACUUCGUUGAUAAAAAUAUCUUUUUAUAAUGUUAUAGCAUUUGUGCACACUGAUACUACGGACCUGUAUAUACACAGGGUUGGCAACAUGGCUCCCAGCUAUUGUUUCCAGUGUCCAACGACAAUUAUUGUGGAUUUGUAGCAGAUUUUGAGGAAAUGUCCCAAACGAGAAAUCUUGCUCAGGUCUCGUGGUCAAACUAGUGAGCUAAUAGGAAGCCUAAUGACGCUGAUUGUGACAUCAUCACCUCGAGUCGCUGAUCCUGUGUAUAUGGGUCCUUGCUAUUACUGUAUAGUUGCAAUGGUGUACCUCGUAUUCACUAACUUUGUUUCAUAAAUAUUUAGAAACGGUCCCUUGUUGGUUUCAGUCAGAUACCCUUUGCUCACCCUGUAAAGGCCUCAGGUUGCGGCCAGACGCUCGUACAUGAGAAAUAAAGAUUGUGCACAGCCAUAGUGGCACAAUUGUGAACUAAGUCAUGGCCAUCAAGAAAUCGGCUCUCUUGACCAUAAUUUGUGUGUUAGAUUCGUAGUGCUGAGUCACUCAAUGUACAGUUAAAUAUCAAUAAAAUUCUUUUGGAUUGUAA